AUGAAUUGUCCGUUUUCAACGGAAGAAUCCUCGUGUUCUGAGAGUGGAGUACGAUCCACUAUUUUUCCACUGUUGGCGUGCAAACGAGAUAUGACCUCGCACCUCGUAAGUCUUGGAAUUAGUGGAAAGCGUGGUCGAGGAGAGGCAAACUCGGAACUGAUUAUAAACCGGGCGGGACGUAUUGGCAUAUUAAGAGAGGAUGAUAAAGAGGCUUUAACCAUUCGCCUCAAACAUAGAAAACAAUUAACUACUGACUGGCCUGGCCGUAAGAAUUACAUUUGCUCUUACCCGGCUCAUCAGAGGUUAAAAAAGCUACUUAGUCUCCCUAGGCGUGUUAAUGCAAAAAUACCCACAGAAAUAUUUGUUGAGUUCAAGGAGAUUCUUCCUAUCGGGGCAGGUGAGUGAAGACUUCUCUUUAUACAUUUCGUUAAUUCUCGCGUACUCGUUGUUUAGGUUAUGGGACGUCUUAUACGUGCGGUUCAUUGCACUGUUCAUUCAUGUGCAAGUAAUUUAGUUUUUAGAGGCAUGUAAUAUUGAGCCAAAGUAAACAGCACAAAACCAUGUAAUGGCGAUUCACUAAUAUUGCACGAGUUACAAAACAUAUAUGCCAAUGGAAUAAAAAACGCCUAUAGAACAAAGCGAAGUUGAUAACGUUCACGCUUAUCAAAAACCAAUCUUGUCUAAAAGUUAUUUUAAAGUUGUUGUUUGCGCGCGUGCCAUAUGAAGUCUGCGAAUUAUGCCUCUUACAAAAAUUGGACUGGUGAGAGUAUUAUCAGUUAUAUGUUAAACUCUUCACACAAACUUUUCAGUAAACAUGCAUUAUGUCAAUACAAAAAUUAAAACUAAAAAUACUGUUGGUGUAGCAAAAAGAAAUUGUGAUCUUCUUGAAUUGUUCAUUGCCACUAAAGUGUCUGGGAGGGAGGUGUACGGGUGUGGCACUUGAAAAUGAGUAGGCUCCAAUUCUGAUUGUUUCCUGUUGUUGAUUACUCUUGAUAGCAAUCUACACGAGUCGUAGGCUGGAACACUAUAAAAAGCGCGAGAAAAGUGAUUUUAAUGUACAUUUGGAUGAAGGCAUGGAUCAGGUCAGCUUAAUAGCAUAGUAUAAAGUCCAGUAAAGAACGAAAGCGAGGACUGACUUACUAAUUACUGGCGUUUACUAGAAGUUUACAUUAUAUAAUUGGAACUGUCGAUGAAAUUAAAAUUAGGAAAACAACGUGAUAAUUGCAAUGAUAAAAACACGUGAACGAAGGGAUUUGAACCCAAGCAGUCUCCGAAGCCCGGUCUGACUCCCUAAAUUCUAACCCAAGGGGGAUAGCCAAGUCCAUGUUCGUAUAACGUUUGUUUUGACGAGAAAUCCUCGUCAAAAAUUUGACAUGAGGGGAUUCAAGCUCACGAUGACUCCAUCAACAACAGCUGAAGCAACUGAAAUAUUUUCUUCUAUGAUGGCUGCAUAUUUUAUGCUAUUGUUUACAUUAUUUAUUUUCUGAGGAAUAAUAGACCAUUUCCGAGUUCUCUAAGGCCUCUAUAUCAAAACGAGGUUCAGUGGUCAGCCUUUAACAUGGCAAUUAUUUUUCAUGCUCAUACUCAUGUAAAUAACUCAUUUUCACGAGAAAGGUUGUGCACUUGGCCUCAUUUUUAAAACUCGGAGGUAGCCUAUUUAAGUGGCGUUUAUGUAGUAAGGACUAGUUUGUGAAAAACAUGACUUCGUUCGCACGAAUUAAGAUGUGCAAAAUAAAUAACGUUAUUGUCUGGGACUAAGCUCCACAGUGGGAAAAAAAGGCAAAAAAUGAGGGGAAACAAGGUGCCACCCUUUCCCAUACCCAGACUACCGCUUGGCGCGCUUCAUUCGCCGAUUUAUUUUCGCCCUUGCUGAUUUAUUUUCCCCAGCAGAGGCUGGUGAUCUAAUAUUUCGAUGUUUUCUAGUUUGUUUUGAUUUGAUCAAUAAGGAAACUGGUGUGCAGUCUUUCUUCAGGGCAUAAGUUCUGUAUAAAAGACGGAGAUUGCCAAUCCGUGUCCAGGAUUGGACCAGUGCUUGGCUGGUAAUCGAAAAUUUUUGUUGUUUGUUGUUGUUUAGAAUUAAGUCUUCUUGGCAAAUGUGACAACUCCAGGAGAAAACCAUGAUUGAAGAUGUACAGCCACCAUGAUUGAAGAUGUACAGCCACUUGACGAAGACGCAGACAAGACUCCGUUGUCGCAGGCCUCUCAAAUCAGUGUUCCUGAGGAAGAGGUAAGCAUUUGGUGCGACGAGAAGGAAAUCCAAAAUGAGAGACGACAGGCACUAAAUGAUGCUUUGGGAAACCUGAAAAUUGGACGCUUUAGUCCCAUCCUUUCUACUUCAAACGCCUCCUGGGCAAGAAAAAAGACCUUUGGAAAUGUAUCUAAAAUGAUUCAGACAUAAUCGAGUGGGACGAGAGUAGCUCAUCCAAAAGAGAGCAUUUCGACACAAACACUGGGCUCAUUGAUGUCUUGAUCAAAACUUAUGAUAAAGCGGAGUCGUGGUAAACUAAACGCAAGAUCCUAUCUCUUUUCGCAAAUGACUUAGCCACAUGGAAUUGAAAACGUUAAUCCCUGGUUUAACUUAGUGGAGAAUUGACCAGGCUCGUCAGCAUGCCACUGAGGCAGGAAAAGGACAAGUUGUUCCCAAACAAACAAUCUUCCGAAAAAUAAUUGAUAAGGGAAAAGUUGAUCAUUCAUAAGCUAUAUUUCACAACCACAGCUGCAUCAAGACGUUGUAUUUGGAACAAAAACUCUUAAGCUGGACUCUGGCGAAUGCAUUAUCAUUCCAGCUAUUGUGCAGACCUUGAUUCCCUCUAGAAUUAUCGAACAGCACACAAAUUACUGCAGAGAGCAACAGUUUGAGCCAGCAAGUACACGUUCUCUGUUUAGAAUGCUCGACAUUCGCUCAGCGUCGAUGCGCAGGUCUCUUCAUGGCCUUGAUAACAUCAUAGCGGAAGGGACUGAAGCAUUUGACAACCUGCGCGCAAUCGUCGACACUUUGGUGGAAAACGGGGCAGGGGAGCAUUGGGCUGAAAUAAUGCGACGACGCUUGAAAGAAGCAAAAAGAUAUUUAAAGACGGACCGUAAAACGCACGAGGGUAGAAACGAACACAACAGCGACUAUUGUACCUUACAUGCCUUAAGCGACCCGGACAUUCACUGUGAUAGAUGUGACUCCCUUGAUUCGAAUUUCUGCGACAUACUAAAGAAGAUCGAUGACUUAGUCAUCAGUGACGAAACGAAAGCAAGAAUAAACUUCGAGCAUAAGGAGUGCUCUCCAGCAGUCCAAGCCUGGAAAGCACAUUUACUUCGUUCUGUUAAUCAGGAAUAAGCAAAACAGAACGCUCUUACUCAGCUUGACGAAGAAAUAUGCCUGAUUAUCAUGGACUGGGCGAUGAAAUAUCUGCUGCAGCACCACAGGGAGCAGAUGUCUGAGUUCUUUGGCAAACGGGGAAGGAGCUGGCAUAUUAGCGCUGUCGUAACACACUCACAAGAGGAGGGUAAAUGUCAAGUUGAAUGCUUUGUGCAUCUCUUCCUCACUUGCGAGCAAAACAGCUUCGCAGUUAUGUCAGUCAUUGAGCAUCUACUCAACACCAUCAAGAUUGAGUACCCUUCAAUUAACAAAGCUUUUUUGAGGUCAGACAAUGCUGAUUGUUAUCAUAGUGGGCCCUUGAUCCUCAGUCUUCAGUACAUCAGGACAAGAUCUGGUGUAACACCAUUACGCUACGACUUUCCGACCCCCAAGCCGGAAAAGAUAUUUGCGACAGGAAAACUGCCUCCAUGAAAGCUCACAUCAAGUCGCUUGGCGUGGAAAACAAAAUCCCUGGAAUUAGCCUUCUGAACAACUUUUUAUUUGAGGAAAGGGGAGUCCGUGCUUCGAAAGCUUACAAUGUUGGUCCAGGUUCUCCGUAUGACAAAGUAAUUAUCGAAGGGCAAAGAGACACUGGACUGAAGGUAAUUCAACCUUUUUGUGCCAGAACGAAAGAACGAGGUACUAUUGCAGAAAACACUCGGCCUCUCACUGAAGUUUUCCCGUGCACGGAAACUGGAUGUGUUCUCAGUUUUAAACACUCGAAGAGGUUGAACAACACAUGGAUUCAGGAAAACACGUAA